AUGGCGCUCCAGCAUUUCAGCAACCAGACUGUCAUCAUUACCAGUUGUGGGCAUGGUCUGGGGAGGAACUAUGCCACUUUUUUUGCAUCGGCAGGGGCUAACGUGGUUGUCCACGACACUGACGAGAUACUGGCAACUACUAUCGCGAGGGAUAUAAAGGCGACUGGAGGUAUUGCAAUUGCGAAUUCCUCAUCGCUCCAGAACGGGGACCAAACUGUCGCCGCCGCUCUCGCUGAGUUUGGACGAGUGGACAUCAUUAUCUACAAUUCGCUCCCGGAACAUGACCGGAGAUUUAAGGGCUUUCACCCUCAGGACGGGAGUUCUGACUUUGGAGUAGCAUUCAAGGGAUUGUACAAGACCGUCCAUGCCGCCUGGCCGAUAUUCAGAAAGCAUAAGUUUGGCCGCUUCAUCAGUACCACUGGUCUCUACGAGCUGCCUAACCACGAAGAACAUUUGUCAUAUGCCAUCUCUAGCUACGCACAUCUUGGUUUUGUGGAGACUGUUGCCAAAGAAGGUGUGAGCGCAAACAUUCUGGCUGCAGUCAUUGUGACUGGGACCCCUUUCGAUGGCCCAAGUGGAUAUCAGAAACCCGAUCGUGAUGCCGCUCUAGGCUUGGUGGCAUCACUGUCCCAUAAGCUAAACACAAGAGCCACUGGGUCUAUGUACUAUCUGCGAGGCAAACUUUGCCACGCAUUGCGAUGGGAGCGGGCCGGGGGUGCUGGGCUUAGACUUGAUCAGAGAUUCACACCCGGGGCGAUUCUUGAGAAAUGGGACGAAGUAAACAAUUUCGCAGACUCAGAAUACCCAAGAGGUACAUCAGAUGUUUUAUCCAUCUUAAGAAGAGCGGCCGACCUCCCAGAAGACUAUAACAAGGAAGGGAAGAGAGUAUCCUUGCAUGGAAAAGUCGCCAUUGUUACCGGUGCUGCAAAUGGUCUUGGACGUGAGUAUGCAUUGCUGCUCGCUAAAUUGGGAGCGAAGGUAGUAGUCAACGAUAUCCAGGAUCCUGCCCCUGUCGUUUCUGAUAUCCAUGAGAUUGGUCAACAUGCCAUUAGGGUCACUGCGCCCGCACAGAAUGGCAAAGAAAUUGUCAGGCAGACUGUCGAAGCUUAUGGGCGUGUUGAUAUUAUUAUCAACAAUGCUGGAACGGUCAGGGACAAGUCCAUCGGCAAGAUGACCGAGAAAGAGUUGGACUUUGUGUUCAGUGUCAACCUUGAUAGCACUUACGAAGUCAUCAAGGCAGCUUGGCCAUACAUGGUGAAGCAAAGGUAUGGACGAAUCGUCAACAUUACUAGCACGAGUGGGAUAUAUGGCAAUUUCGGACAGGCAAAUUACGCAGCGGCGAAAUGCGGACUCGUAGGAUUGUCAGAAUUUCUUGCCGGUGAGGGUGCGAAGGACAACAUCAUCGUGAACGUGAUUGCUCCCACCACAAGCACUCCAAAUCUUCUUUCCAUCAUGCCAGGCUUUCCGAAGGACCUUAAACCUGCUUACUGCGCGCCUAUGGUUGCCUUGUUGUGCUCCGACCGCGUCCCAUUCCCAUCAACGGGCGCAGUGUAUGAAGUCAACGGUGGCUGGCAAGGACGCACAAGGCUUCAAAGGAGUGCCGGAUCCCCAGUAUCCUAUCGGCCAGACCAAUCAGUGCCAGCAGGAUUGGACAGGAUUGCAAAUUUCGACAAGCGUGGCAGUUCGUACCCUGAGGACGGACCUGCAGGGCAUCGACAUCUCAAGGAAAUCCUGAAGACAGCGCGCGCCGUGGAAAAGAUAGAGGCCGGGCAGGCUGCUCGUGGCCGGGGCGGUAUUUAUGAAUACAACCACAAGGACGUUAUUCUUUACAACCUCGGUGUUACGGCCAAACGGAAUGAUUUGCCUCUUGUUCUCGAGACGGAUCUGAACUUUCAGCCGGUACCAACUUUUGGGACGAUUCCAACCUUCUUCUCGCGCUUGCCCGUCGAGUUCAAAGAUAUCUUGCCCAAGUGGAACCCACUGGGCUACGUUCAUGGGGAGCAAUACCUCGAGAUUCGCAAAUAUCCUAUUCCCACUGCAGGCAAGCUCGUUACGCAUAGCCGACUCCUUGAGGUGGUCGACAAGAAAAAAGCGGCCAUUGUGACCAUGGCUCACAUCACACGCGAUGAGGCUACCGGGGAAGAUGCAUUUUACAACGAGGUCUCUCUUUUCGUGAAAAAUGCUGGUGGCUUUGGCGGCCAAACCCAGCCCCGUCUCAGCAACUCAAAGACAUACAAUCCCCCACAACGGGCGCCGGAUUUCAUAUGUGAAGAGAAAACUUCCGAGGAACAGGCGGCACUCUACCGGCUGAGUGGUGAUUAA